AGUCAGCCAAUUAGAGCGCUGUUUGGUUUGUGUUCAACGGUUUGUAGUGUCAUUUGGACCGAUUGAGCUUGAGGAGCUGAAGUAUCGAGAGGCAAGGACGAAUUCGGACAUAUAUUACCAAGUGCAGCGUGAAGUAAGUACAAGAAACACAAAGCUAACCGAUAGAAAGUCACGUCAAGUUUUCAGAUAUUUACUGUGUAGCCACCCAGCCCGUUAGGUUAGCCAGACGUCUUCAAUGUCAGAGUGUUUUAGGAAUCGUAGCAGUCAGCGAGGACCGUCUGUUUACCACAGCCAUGUCUGCUGUGCAAUGAAACACAGAACUGUCGCUGUAUUUUGUCGCAUUAAGAAAAAUAAACAUCAUUUAUUGGCUUAUUGUGGACAGCUCUUUGAGUACUACAUCAUAUCAAUGUUCCAGGCUUUUCCAUAGCCAUAGGUGUAUGCGUUUAGUGUAUAGUUCAUUUAAAUGCAAUGUAAAUUCAUAUGACAUGUACAAUAUUCUCAACUUUUAUUCUAUAUUCAGUUUAAACACUUAAUAACUAGUAAAUAAACGUUUCAGUCUUCAAUAACAACUCUGAAUUAGCAAUAUUAUGGUUAUUAGUUCACACUAAAAAGUACCUUUUCAGCCCCUUGGUCACUUAUGAGGCUGUAGUUUGUAGUGCUUCCUAACUGUUCUUUAUAACAUUGCACUCUGAGUUUGAUAAAACAGACUAGAAAGAAGAUUUAAAAACAACUUGAAAUAAUCUUUUUAAGGUACAGUUAGUUUUCAGAGUGUUGCCCUCCAUAUAUGCUGGUGUCUUUGUUUCAUAUAUUUCUCAAACAGAACACAAACCCUCAAAUCUAUCCUUAAGAAACUCUUCUGUGGAGAUAUUAUAUUAUGUACAGACGAAUGAUUUAAGGGUAAUUACCUGUUGAAUGGUCAGGCUAAGAGGGGUCUAGGCAUGCUAAGCCUUGUGGCUGUAGGCUUGCCAUCUGUCUCGCCAGGCUGAUUAAAUGUCUGACACCAAAGGAAAAAACCUCUGUGUUUAAAACAAGCAACAGAAAUCAACUCCAUUAAAUUAAGUAUAAAAAAUGUCCAAUGCAGCAUGUAUUAUCAAUUUUUAAAUGCAACUUUUAUGCUGACUGAUUGCUGCAGUCCCAGAAAGAGGCGUUUUACUGCCAUAAGUUUUCUGUCAUAACUUAACUAUGUAAGUUGUCUACUGAUUUCUCCUACAGGGGAAACAAAACCCUUGCGUCAUGUUUCCCAUAUUUUUUCUUUCUGCAGAAAACUCCUUACACAGUGUGUCUGGGAUUAGUCUGACCAGCUGAUGAUAAGACCUUGAGAUAAGACGCCAGCCUCAUCCUAACCAGCAACCUGCUAAAAAAACAAAACUUUACAGUGAUUGUUGUGGUACAACAACCACAACCACAACAACAGCAGCGACAACAACUUAACAACCAGCAUUAGUCCUGUUACCAUGCCAUAAUAUAAAAUAUCAAACUUAAGGCCCACCACAUGCAGGAGUGUGUUCAGAUUGUUGCCUGUGAUGGAUGAAAGGCUUAGCUUAGUCAUCACACUCAGUACUGCAAAGUGCUGUGGAUCUCCACUUCCCCACAGCUGCAUGUUAACCUCCCUUGCCAUUUAAUCUGUGAUAAGACUGUGUUGAAUGGACACUGUGUUAAUCUGACCCUCUAUUUCAGGAGCAGGGAGUACGUAGGUGGAUCCUGCACAUGUAGUAGAUGAUUGACACUCGAAUCCUGAAGGCCGUACUGCAGCAAUGCCAGAGUCCUCACUGGGUAAGUUCAGACUUUGAUGUCUUUUAACGCUCUUCAAUACUCAUCGAGUGAGACAAGUUGAAGGGUUGGCUGUUAUAAGAUAAAGUUUAUUGACAUUUAUAAACACUUAUAUAAUGAAGCAACAUUUACUUUUUAUCCAGUAUAACUUUUUUUCUCAUCAAGCAUGUAUACCUUAUUAUCUUAGACUACUGUGCACAUAUUUAAAUUGACAGACAUUUUUCUCCUCAGAAUUCAAGGACACUGGCACUGGUUCUGUUGAAUGUAGAGCAGCCCCCGUGAGGCAGUUUAGCCAAUCAUCGCUGACACUGCACAGAAGCUCCCACAUGCUCAACUCCUUCUGCACAGAGCACAAUGUGCAAGAAUGUCUGUCUCACAUCAAUCAGGUUGGUAAACUUGUGUCUUUGAUGCGAUAUUAAAAUAUUAAUGCCUUUUAAUCCUCUCCUCUGAACCCUUUAAAUCUACUCUCCCCUUUGCAGGAGGUGUCAUCUCUUGGCCUGCCUCCAGUUUGGACUGAGUCGACCGGCAGCACAGAGAUAAAUGUUGUGGCUGUGCUAAAUUGCAUGUAUGACCUGAUUCAACUGCAUCGCAGGGGCCUCCGAACCCUGGAAAACAUGGAAGCAGAGCAGCUGAAAUCGAGCAGCAAUGUGGACUACCUGCAGAUCACCACCACUCGACUAAAAGUAAAAUUUACACCAUUUGAUUCUAGUAAGAUUUUCUAGUUUUGAAAUUGAAUUAGUGGCUGGAUAAUAAGAUAACCGUGAACUUGGUUCCCCGGUUAAAUGUCAAAUGAAUCUUCUUACAAAUUAAUGGUCUAUGUUACUAUGUUUUUGCCAUCUCAGGAGCAGCUUGAACAAUCAAGAAGAGAAAACACAGCAAUCCUUGAAAGAGAACGCCAGCUUCAGCUGAAAAUGAAGAGUUUGCAAAACUGCCUGAAAAAUGAAAAAGAGGAGGUGCUUUUUUAAAAAAUCUUUAAUUGAAUAAUGUUGAAUGAUCCCAAACCUUUGUAGAACCAGCACCAAAAAUUGAUCGGUGAAAAAGAGUUGUUCUUUCUCUACUUGCCAGGUGCAAAAACUUCAAAACAUAAUUGCGAGCCGUGCCAGCCAGUACAACCAUGAGAUGAAAAGGAAAGAGAGAGAGUUUAAUAAACUGAAAGAGCGCCUGAAUCAACUUCUGGUGGACAAGAAGGAGAAGAAACAAGGUGAAAAAAGACGUUUUAUUGACCUGUAACAUUUUAAAAUGAACUCAUUAUCCUAACUCACAAGAUUACGGCUGCCCUCUGAAACUCAUUAGUGUUUGAUUUUCUAUAAUCAUAUUUCUUGCUUCCAGCAAUUGAUGUUUUGAACAACAUUGGAAGAGCUGAUGGGAAGAGAAGCCUCUGGAGGACUGAAAAGACAGAGGCAAAGUAAGUCUCUGUAAUAAUAGCUGAGGAAGAAAUAAAAAAGCAUGGUCAGCCUUUGCCUACAUUUAUUACAGGAAGCACAGACACUGCUUUGUGAUUUUUUUUGUGACACAGAUAAAUUUUUGAAAGAUACAUUAUAUCAUGAUCAAACCCAAAUGGAUGGAAAUGUUGAACUGUGUCACUGCACCUUUGACUGAUUUCCUCUCUGGUUUUGUGAUGUAUGUAAUCAUAAACGUAUUUUCCUGUCUCUUUCCAAGGCAUGAAGGGGAGAUGUACAAGACUUUGCUGAGCGACUAUGAUGCUCGACAAAAGGAGCUGCUCCUGGAAAACGCAGAGUUAAACAAAGUUCUGCAGCAGAUGAAAAAAGACAUAGUGACUAUUCUUAGUGCAAGGAAACCAACACUGAAAAGAAGUGAGCAACAAGAUAACUGCAUACAGGUAGGACAAGUUAAUUACUUUAAUGUCUUCUUCAACCUUUAGCUGAAAUAUACUCUAUAAAUUCUCUGGAUUGUUUUCCUCAGCUUCUUAAGUUCAGUUUUUUUAAACUUAUUUGGUGGAUGCAUGACCUCUAAAUGGAAAGAUUGUCACGAUGUUAAGAUAUCUUUGUUAUCAGCAGGCUGACUCGGAGGAGGAGGAUGAAGUGUUCGAUUCUACCAAAGAAGGAGUUGACCAGUAUUGUGUUCAUGCCCGGGAGAAGCUGACCCACAGCAUUCGUCUUCAGUGGAGAAAACUCAAGAGACAUGUGGAGAGAUUGGACAGUCAAGGUACUGUUGAAAUAAAAGAUAACUCAAGUAUUUUUGUCAUGUCAUAUUCAAUAUUUUUAAGGCAACUGGUUUGAUCACAGGUCUCUCUGUGAACUCUGAAAUAUUUAAGCAACCUUUCAGACUGGAUUCCAUCUGUUAAAGUCAGUACAAUGAUAGAUGUAGCCACGACUGUGGGUUAAGAUGGUUCUGUUUUCUUGUCCAGCGUCUUUGGCUCAGAUGGAUGACACUAAAGCCACUGAUGCUGUUCCCCGAGAGAUUCAUGAAGAGGAGAUGGAGAGAUUGAGGGAGGAGAUCCAGCAGUGCAAAGACUUCAUUCACACACAACAGCAGCUCCUGCAUGUAAGACGGACUUUAUCAUGAAAUAUAACCUCUGAAGCUCCUUGCAGAUAUUAAUUCAAAGAGUCAAAGAAAUAGAGCAACAUUGAAUGACAGUAUUCAUUUUAAAUUUGAGCAAACAAAGUGUUUAAUGCUUUUGUAUAAUAACAGUGGUGUUGGUUAAAACACCAAAUUCAUGUUUGGAGAAUGUUUUUUUUUUGUCUUUUUCCUUGUAGCAGCAGCUAAGCUCUCCGUGUGAUGAGGAGACUGCAUCUCUGCUGAGUGACUGCUACAUGCUGCAGGAAAAAGAGAGCCUCAGAGAGGAGUGGGCAACCCUUGAGGAACAGAGGAAGAUCUUUGAGAGGGAGAGGAGAAACUUUACUGAAGCAGCCAUAAGACUUAGUCAUGAGGUGAUUUCUAAAAUGGCUUUUUUUUCAGACAGUUUUAUUCUGUGUGCUAAGGUAACUUGAUCACAAGUGUGUUAUCUUUAAGAUAAAAUGAGGUUUCUAAUUUUAAAAUAACUUGUAUUUUGUACAAAAUUUCAGAGGAAGGCCUUCGAGGACGAUCGGGCCAUGUGGUUAAAGCACCAGUUUUUAAACAUGAGUCCAUUUUCUGAUUCAAAGAAACCCCACAUGUCGAAGUCUAAAAGUGCCUGUUUACUUUGUGAGUAUCUGCUCUUUUACCCUAUAAUUUCCAAGUUUGCAAAAUCUUAAAGCUGAUAAUUAAAAUAACUGUCACAGCAAUAGCAUGAACUGAAUAAUGUGUGCUUCUUUAUUCAUUAAUGACACACUUGUGUUUAGCCUAUUUUUAGCAUUUUUCCCCUUUACUAAAUUUGCAGUUUGAGUUGCAUUUUAUUUCCUGUUAUAUUGUGUAUUUAUUUAUUUAUACAUCUAAAGACCUACUAUUAAGUGACUUUCCUAUUAAGGUGUAACACAUUAUUCUGCAGCUGAAACAAAGGCAACUGCAGCGUCUGCUCAGAGAAAGCUCAUCAAAUGCCCGUCUGAAACAUCCUCCUCCUCACCAAGAUUCAUCCCCCACAAAUCAAAGUCCACAGCUGACCUGUAUCACACACUCUGCCUUAUCCCGGAGAACAGGUAAAGCACGUUUUAUUGCACUGUUUUGUGCAGUAAUAAAAAUAAUGACAUUAUACACCUUUAAUGUUUUUUUCUUAUUAUCUUUGUUGGUUUCCAGUUCAACCAAACCAAAGAAGAAAACUGAGCGUUUCGUAGAAUCAAGCAUCUCGUUGAAUGGAAAUGCUCAAGUUCAGCGACAUGACAGCGAUGACUAGAAAAGUCUUGUGAUCAUAAAGGAAAGCCUGUCCUGUAUGAAACCAAACCUUAAAACCUUUGAAACUGAAUUAUUUCUAAUACAUCAGUGAAUAUUGGAUCAUUUGCUGUUUUCAGAAUCACUCCUGAGAUGUGAAUGCCAAACACCUGAAGAUGGAAUAAUAGAAGUUUAAAAAUGUAAAAACUGUUGAAAGUGGACGCCACGUUUGAAAACUGGUUAGAAGCUUGGUUGUUUGCUCUGUAUGACUAAGAGAAAAUGUAAUCACUGUACAGUCUAUACUCUUCCAUUUUAAGAUAACACGUGAAAUGUAUUUAUUUCUACUGUAACUCUUGUUCUGGUAGUCCUAUCACAUAUCAAAGAAGAGUAUUUUUGGCUAGCGAGUGGGCUCAGAAAGAUGACCUAAAGUUGACCUCUGCCAUAUGGGCCUGGUAACACUUGCUGUAUCAGUAGCUAGCACACUGGUUUAGAUCAUGAGUUUAAUGCUGCCUAUUAAUUAAAUGCAAUAAGAAACUUUAACAUGUUUGUAUAGCUGAAUAUAGAUAUGUUUAGACUGAGUUAUUUUGUAGUAACUGACGCAGCUCUGUUUGUGAAUGAUGUAAGAUGUUUCAGCUAAAUGUGAAAGCUCAGAAAUGAUCUAUCAAUCACAGUGUAUGCUAGAGCUAAGGAGACUACUGUGGUGACACGAGUGUUGAUAUCGCUCAGCAUUUUAAAUGAAUGUGACUCUUUUAGUUGAUGUUUAUUUACAGAUUAACUCUCAGUAGAAGAAUGUGACAUGAUCGUUUUUAGACAAUCUUUGAUUCCUGAAACUGUCAUUACACAAACUUUGAACAGA